UAUUACUCCGCCGGUGUAAAGGCUGACCGGAAAUAUUGACUUUUUUCAGCCAUUCCUAAACACGAAACGGUGCCCGUGGUACUAUUGCUGGACAAGGGCGUAUUACGUGGUCGCGAGCUGGAUACUGCUUGCAUUGUUUUCCGUUCACAACCCGGACUACGUGCUAUGGCGGAGCAACAUGGCGGGCGCUUUCCGCCUUUUCCUUUUUGAGAAAGUGCUGAGAGUUUUGGACAUUAGAGGAGGGCGAAACGAACUGAGGAGGCCGGAGAAGGUCCAGUGGUCAGCAUCACUUGCCAAAGUUUGUUUCCCUUCUUUGCUCGACCCCGUCGAAGCGCCAACUGAGCCGCUUUGUUUACAUUCUGUGACCCGGCCGUGCAUGCGUUUUGUCAGUCGUUUACGAGGUCCAGCUUUGUGGGCUGGCGUCACACACAGUCGCGCCGCGAAGUAGAAUGUUACCGAGCCAGGUUGGGUCGGCACCUCACGGAAACGCGUCAGCUUCAGCUAGAGGUACCGUCGGGCUCGGUUCGGCUUCUGUCGGUAGCGGGAAUCGUCCUGUCUUGAUCCGAACAGGGCAAGCUUCUGUCGGGCUUGGCGAGAGCGUGAGCGGGGCAGCGGGGCGGCUCGGGAUGCUGGGGGCGAACGGUCCAGGGGGUCCCCGAGGCGUGAGGUCCGGCAACGGGACCGGGGUGAGCCCGCUUCAGGCCGCCCUCCAGGGCAGUAUGGUGGGUCUCAACGCGGGGAUCGUGCUGCCUCACGCAGCCAGGUUCGACCCGGACAGGGAGAGUGUGCCUCUAGGCAGCGGCUCGGACAACGACUCGGACUCGGGGGAUGACGACGACCCGGUGGCUUCGCUCGGGGACAGCAGGCGAGGGGUGAAGCGGGAGAGAACCGAAAUAGAAGCUGCUGUCACGGGCCAGGAGGUCGGAGGAGCUCCCGGAGGGUACGGCCUGGUUCCCGGGGGGGUCGCUGGGGCCAAGCCGGGGAAGAAGACACGUGGUCGCGUCAAGAUCAAGAUGGAAUUUAUUGACAACAAGUUGAGACGCUACACCACUUUCAGCAAGAGGAAGACUGGCAUUAUGAAGAAGGCGUACGAGCUCUCCACCCUGACAGGAACCCAAGUUCUGCUGCUCGUGGCCAGUGAAACGGGUCACGUCUACACAUUUGCCACCCGUAAACUCCAGCCCAUGAUCACCAGUGAAACAGGCAAAGCGCUGAUCCAAACAUGCCUCAACUCACCGGACUCGCCGCCACGUUCGGACCCCUCCACAGACCAGCGCAUGAGUGCAACGGGCUUCGAGGAGACGGACCUCACCUACCAGGUGUCUGAGUCGGAGAGCAUGGGCGACACUAAGGAUACUUUGAAACCCACGUUCACAGUAGCCAGCCUACCAGGCGGUACCAGCAGCGCCCAGGCCACCGUGCCCACCACCUCCACCAGCAUGCAGGUGAGCAGCGGGCCCAACUUUCCCAUCACCAACUACCUGGCGCCCGUUUCUGCCAGCACCAGUGUCAGCGCCAACGGGACUGUCCUGAAGACCACCGGCGCCUCCACGGGGGUGAUGCAGCUGCCCGGUGGCUUCACUUUCAUGCCCGCAGGCACUCCUCUCCCCCCCGGCACCCCUACCAUUCCUCUGAGCCAGCUGCAGCAGCACUCCCUGACCCUCCAGGGGCAGCAUGGUCAGACUCUGACCACAGCCCCUCAGCCUCAGCAGGGCCAGCAGGCUGUCUUCCGCUUUCCUGCUGCUGUCUCCCUCACAGGAGCGGGUGUCUCUCAGCAGCUCCAGGCCAUUCAGGUUCACCCCAACACUCAGGCCAUCUCCAACAGUGAGAGCAGCCCCGAGAUGUCCCACACGACUACAAACUCCACAGCGACAGUGAGUCUCCCGGCAACCAUCGUCACCUCGACAGUGCCGUCGUCUGUGGCCGGUCACAUGAUGUACCCCAGUCCCCACACGGUGAUGUACGCCUCCACGCCCGCUCUGGCCGACGGGGGGCUGGCCGUGCUCAACGCCUUCCAGGGCACGUCGGCCAUGCAGGUGUCCCACGCGCAAGCCCACGACGCAGCCUCUGUCCCGCAGGUGUUCCUCACGGCGCCUCCCGGCACGGUGCAAAUCCCCGUCUCUGCGGUGCAGCUUCACCCAGUACGGCAAGAUCUGCAUUUCACAAAUGGUGAUUGGGCCACAGUCGAGCGGCAGCAGCACUAACCUGACCGAGCUGCAGGUGGUCAACUUGGACGCAGCGGCGCAAAACUCCAAAAGUGACUGAGGCGGCUGAGCUCGAGCGUCUUUGUCUUUAUUUAUUGAUGCCUUCCUUCAUCACACUUCUCAAUGUGACCUUACGUACAUCACACACAAUCAAGGGCCUGUGUGUGUUUGUUGACCCUUUUACGAUAUGUUUUGGUAUAUAUAAAUAUAUAUUCGCAAAUGCAUAGGAAGUAUAUCACUACACACGUCAUCAGAUUUCUAUUUUGUCGUAAGAUGGUAUUUUUGUGUGCGUGUGCCUAUUUUUAUUUUUUUUGGAAGAUACAAUUACAAGAACACUCAGUUGGGUGUCACAAAGUGUCACACCAGCCAAAGACGUUUGUCUGAAUGUACACACACACACACACACACGUUUGUGUGUGUAAAUGGAGAAUUAUGACUUUUGCUCAUGUAUAUAGUUUUUUUUUUUUUUUUUAAAGACAACUUGUAUUUUUUGCCUGGUUGAGUUUUGUGUAAUGGCAUGUAAUUUUUUAUGUUGUGGUUUUGUAUGUCCAUGACAAUGAGACAAAGAAGUGAAUAUGUACAUGUAUCCUGUACGGGAAAUAUUUGAAUCGGCUGUUAUACUGUCACUUGGUGGACGAUUUCUUCACAAACAAUCAAGCAACUUUAUCAUGGGGGGUGUGUGCAUCAUUGUGAUGUGGAGUUUCGGCUCUGAUGUGUGGACAUUCAUAGGAAUUACAUCGCGCUCAACCACACUUGAAAUUGAAAAUGUGGACAAUCCAUUGUAGUGUACACUGAUGCACAAUAUUCAGUGGAACCUCCAAAGUUGAACACGAUCCAUAAAACUGGUUGACAAAGUUGUAAUUUCAAAAUGUUUAUUUUCCAUAGCAUAUAAUGUUAAGGUGUGGAAUGAUGUGUGAGUGGUUGGCACAACAGCCUCACUGUUCUGAGGUUUGUGUUCGAAUCUGGGCUCUGGCCUUUCUGUGUGGUGUUUGCAAGUUCUCCUGUGUUUACCCAAGUCGUCGUCGUCGUCCCCCCCGCCCCCGAUACUCGGGAUUAGGUAAUUAGAUUAAUUGAAGACCAGUCUAGAUUGUCUUUAGGAGUGAAUGUGAGCGUGAACCCUUGUUUGUCUUUAUGUGGCCUAUGAUUAGCUGGCGAUCAGUCCAUGGUGUACCCCAUCUCUCACCCAAAAUCAGAUGGGAUCUGCUCCAGCUCACCCACAACCCCGAAGGACAAGCACUAUAGAAAAUGGAUCAUACAAACAGUUGCGACUAAAAAUUUUAAGUGUACAGGCUUGCGACAUUUCAAUAUCCCUAAUUAUCGUCCAAGCAUAUUGGUAAGUGAACUGCUCUAAAACUACUCACAAUUUGAAGAUGCGAGGUAACGGCAAGGAAACUCUAAACAUUUUUGCAUCACUUUCUGGUCAUUUCUGUGCUAUAUACUGUAAAUUAACGUUUACAAAAAAAAUAAUCAUUUCAGUUGCUAUUACACUUACCAUUUCACCCCAAAACACAUUUGCGUUGUUUAUCCUUUAGCUGCUCACUGAGCUGACGUCUUGCAUAAUUAAAUUGCAUCCCACGCUUUUUUCCCAAGAAACCUUUCGUUGAACUCCAAAUUUUGAGAGGUUUGACUUUGGAGGGUCCACUGUUCUUAAGGGUUAGUCAUUCAGUAUUGAUCAUUAUAUGUUUUGUCAACACAUCUGGGUUAUUUUGUUCAAAUUGUGACAUGACAACACAAGCAGCUGCAAAGUGUGCUGCCUUAUUGGCUGGCCGUUCAAAUACAUGACAGAAACCCAGCUUCAAUAUUGCAAUUAAAUAUUUGUUUAAUUCUCAGUAAAACUGUAGUGGUCAUUUUCACUGUCAUCAAUUCACCACCAGUUGGCUUUUAAAGUGAGUUAGUUCCCGUUUAACCAGAAAUGAAAAAUUAUCUCAGCAUCAGUCCGAAAGAACACAUUUCUUUUCAGCACCAUAGUGCCUCUUUUCCUGGGCUGAUUCUUGUACCAUUAGUACGUUUUUUUGUUUUUUUUCCAAGACACCUAACACAACUUUGCAGAGCUUGGACAUAUUUCCACAUGCAUGACGUUAAAGGUUGUAAAUUUACAACCCCAAAAAAACGACUUUGUCCCUGUUCAAGGAGGUGUUUCGACAGGUCAAGAAGUCAGUACUGCUGAUCAAAAAUAUGACUUCAUAUUCAUACAGGAGUACUUUUUUUGCUUUAUUGUACAAAUCUUUUGUAAUAAAAACAAGAUCAAAAAUAA